CCGUGUCUGAUUCCUCAGGGGGGGCGGAAGGAGAGAAGAAGAAGAAGAUGACAGGUGGGCGUGUGGAGUUGGAUCUCUGUUCCCGAAGUGGCACGACCUGUAAAUAAGAGUCUGGAGCGAGGUCGAAAGUCCCGACAUCGUCGAUAAAGCAAGCCUGACGGGAAAUUUUUUGAAAAACCCAAGUGGCCGUUUGGGAACUCCCCAAAAGCGAACUCAAGAAAACUCCACAAGCGCACAAGAACAGCUUCAAAAGACCCUGUCUUCAAUGCAACCUCACCCACCUUAACUCUCUCUCACUCUCUCUCUCUGCCAAAACCGAGACAAGAGAAGAAAGAAGAACUCGAUCCAGAUCAAGAUAAGAGACCAGGAACAAGAACAAGGAAAAAAACCAAAACCUGUCAUUUUUUCGUCCGGCUAUUCCAUUGAGAAGCAGAGAGAGAGAGAGAGAGAAAGAGAAAGAUGGCAGGGCCCGUGAUGGUCACAAAGGGCGGAGGGUGCAGCGGAGGUAGCGCCAAGAAGGCGAAGACGGGGCCGACCGCCGCGGAGGACGAGCAGAACCAGCUCUCGGUGCUGGCUCUCCUGGCGACGGCACUGAGGAAGUCCAUGGCCUCUUGCAGAGUCGAACGGGGCGACGAGGUGAUGGCGGCGGCGACGGCCACGGUUAUGACCCACCACAUGGAGAUCGGGUGGCCGACUAACGUUCGCCACGUCACCCACGUCACCUUCGACCGGUUCCACGGGUUCCUGGGCCUCCCCGUGGAGUUCGAGGUCGAGAUCCCUUGCCGGGUCCCCAGCGCCAGUGUCAGUGUGUUUGGAGUCUCGGCCGAGUCGAUGCAGUGCUCAUAUGAUUCACGGGGAAAUAGCGUCCCUUCCAUUCUUUUGCUCAUGCAGGAGCAGUUGUACUCGGAAGGUGGUUUGAAGGCCGAAGGAAUUUUCCGCAUAAACCCAGAGAACAGCAAAGAGGAGCAUGUGAGGGACCAGCUGAACAGGGGCAUCGUGCCCGAUGAUAUCGAUGUUCACUGUUUGGCAGGUCUAAUCAAAGCCUGGUUCCGAGAGCUCCCCUCUGGCGUGCUUGAUGGGCUUUCCCCGGAACAAGUUCUCCAAUGCAACACCGAAGAAGAAUCCAUCGAGCUAGUGAAGCAGCUAAAGCCAACCGAGUCGGCGUUGCUCAAUUGGGCCGUCGGUCUUAUGGCUGAUGUGGUUGAGGACGAGGAAUUCAACAAAAUGAAUGCACGAAACAUCGCGAUGGUUUUCGCGCCAAACAUGACUCAGAUGUCCGAUCCAUUGACAGCUCUGAUGCACGCUGUGCAAGUAAUGAACUUGCUCAAGACUCUGAUCAUGAAGACUCUCAGAGAACGUGAAGAGGCUACUGCCGGAGGAUACUCACCCAUGUCAUCUCGUUCAUCCGGGGGACAAACUGAUUAUGAAUAUGAUAGUCAGCAAGAGAUGGAUACCAGCUGUGAGUUAAGAGGGCCAACAUCGGACUUUGAUGACAACUAUGAUGCAAAUUACAGCCGCAGCUGCGUGGACGAAGAUGAAGGCAGAUCAUUGAGUGAAAUGGAGGAUUCCUUCUUGAGGCAAUUAGAAGAAUGCGAUCAUGCUGAAAAUGCAGAUGUUUCUUCUGAAAGGCCAUUGAGUGAAGUGGAACAAAACUACGGAAGUCCUAGAAAUUGCUCGCAUGUAAAUGAUGAGUCGGGUAUUUCAUUCACCGAUAGCAAAAACAGGACUUCCACUUUGAUGACUAGCGAUGGAGAAGAUUCUGGGACAAGCUGGAGGAUUGGAGAAGCACAAGUCAUUGACAUAAAGAGUCCACAGAAGGAACGCGAAAGAAUGAACGACAUGGAAAUGGAAGAAUCGUUCUCCUGCAUGCCCUCGGAUGUCUGACAUAAAGAUUCCAACAGAAGAAACGCGAAAGAAUGAACAACAUGGAAAUGGUAGAACCGUUCUCCUGUAUGCCCUCGCAUGUCUGACCAAAUGCUUAUUUCCCUUUCUUCGGGAUCAUACUCUGCCGAUUUCAGGUGCUGUCUUAGAGUCAUGGCUUCGUAAUCUUAUGUACAUUGUACUUCUAGGUGUGUUGGCUUCAAAAAGUGAUUGGGAGUGCUUUUUGCUAGUGUUGGAUUUUUAGGAUCGUGGUUCAGCUCAGGGCUGAGCUGCUGAAAGUUCAUGCUUGUUUUGUGGUUUUCUUACCCAAGGAUCCUAACCUUGUGAUGGAAAUCUCGCCCGAUUCAAUCUAUCCGUGAAAUUGAUUUGUGGUCGGUCUUGAUCUGU